AUGAUGGCAGCUGUCAAUCUCACCAGCUUGCAGCCUUCUUCCUUCCUUCUGAUCGGCAUCCCAGGCCUAGAGGACCUGCACAUCUGGCUUUCCGUCCCAUUCUGCCUAAUGUAUAUUGCUGCGGUCUUUGGUAACUUCAUCCUCUUAUUUGUCAUUGUGAUGGAGCGAAGCCUCCAUGAGCCAAUGUACCUUUUCCUGGCCAUGUUAGCUGUGGCAGAUCUUGUAUUAUCCUCCUCCACGGUGCCCAAAGCCCUGAGCAUAUUCUGGUCCCUUUCCAAGGAGAUAUCUUUCCACGCCUGCCUUACCCAGAUGUUCUUUGCACACUUAAGCUUCAUUGCAGAGUCAACCAUCCUGCUGGCCAUGGCAUUUGACCGGUACGUUGCCAUCUGCAACCCACUGCGAUACGCCACAGUGUUCACACACUCAGUGAUAGCAAAGAUUGGGCUGGCUGCCGUAGCCAGGAGCUUUUGUAUGAUGUUCCCAACAAUAUUCCUCCUUCGGAGGCUGCCGUACUGUGGACACGUCAUGCCACACACCUACUGCGAGCACAUGGGCAUCGCCCGGCUGGCUUGUGCCGACAUCUCUGUUAACAUCUGGUAUGGCUUUGCCACCACCCUUCUGUCACCAGGAGUGGACAUCGUGCUCAUUGGGGUGUCAUACGUCCUCAUCCUCAGGGCUGUCUUCAGGCUUUCAUCCAAGGAUGCCCAGCUCAAAGCAGUUGGCACCUGCAGCUCUCAUGCCUGUGUUAUAUUCAUGUUCUACACACCAGCAUUUUUCUCAUUUUUCAAUCAUCGGUUUGGCCACAACAUCCCCCACCACGUUCAUAUCCUCUUGGCAAACCUCUAUUUGCUCCUACCACCCAUGCUAAACCCCAUUGUCUACACAGUGAAAAACAAACUAAUUCGAGAAAAAGUGUCCCGAAUAUUCUUUAAAACUGGGCAAUUGAGUUGA